AUACCGAUUAGAUCCGAGAAUGAACGAGACGUCGCUACGUUAAUCUGGUAUUUCAUUCGCGCGAAUUGUUUGUCACGUCCGCCCAGUUUAGUAAGAUAAUUUUAUGCAUAUAAAUAUGCAGUUGUGUCGUUUGUAUCAACGGUCACAGAUAGACAACAAUAUUUAAGAUUUUAAUUUUUACUUCGUCAAAAAAUUAGUUACAAUUUAUUCGCCCUGUAAAAAAUGUCGGAACUUCGAAAACGAACUGUGGAAGAUGCGCCCGCAACUACGCGGGAUGUCACUGACGAUCAGAAGGAAGAAAUUGAAUCUGAAGAUGACGCGAAAUUGGAGGUAGAGGAUCUUUCUAAAACAUUGUCACAAGGAACUCAUCAUACUCCUCAAAUUUUGAAUCCUGUUCUUUCUGGUCUUUCAGAUCGUUGGAAAAAUUGGAUUAUUAGAAGUAUUUCAACGUCUGUAAUGAUAGCUGUAUUUGGUUUUAUUAUAUAUGGUGGGCCAUUAGUACUUAUGAUUACGACAUUAAUAGUUCAAGUAAAAUGUUUUGAAGAAAUCAUUAAUAUUGGAUAUGCAGUAUAUAGAAUUCAUGGUUUACCAUGGUUUAGAUCUUUAUCCUGGUAUUUUUUGAUAACUUCUAAUUAUUUCUUCUACGGUGAGAAUUUAAUGGAUUACUUUGCAGUUGUGAUCAAUCAAACGGAAUAUUUACGUGUGCUCGUGACAUAUCACCGAUUUAUUUCAUUCUGUCUAUACAUCGUUGGUUUUGUUUGGUUUGUACUGUCACUUGUAAAGAAAUAUUAUAUGAAACAAUUCUCUUUGUUUGCAUGGACACAUGUUGCACUACUUAUAGUAGUGACACAAAGUUAUCUUAUAAUACAAAAUAUUUUCCAAGGACUUAUAUGGUUUAUCGUACCAGUAAGUAUGAUAGUUAUAAAUGAUGUUAUGGCUUACAUGUUUGGUUUCUUCUUUGGAAGGACACCUUUAAUAAAAUUGUCUCCAAAAAAAACGUGGGAAGGUUUUAUAGGUGGAGGAAUUUCGACAGUUUUCCUUGGAUUAUUGAUAUCCUAUGUUAUGUGCCAAUAUCGCUAUUUCAUUUGUCCUAUUGAAUAUAGUGAAGCUUUAGGUAGGAUGACAAUGGAUUGUGAACCAUCUAGUUUAUUUCAACCACAGGAAUAUGGUUUGCCAAAGAGUUUACAAGUAAUUACAAGAAUGAUCAAUGGAAAAGAGACAUUGACUUUAUACCCCUUUUUACUUCAUUCUUUAUCAAUGUCUAUAUUUAGUUCUGUGAUUGGACCAUUUGGAGGAUUUUUCGCCAGUGGAUUUAAGCGAGCUUUCAAAAUUAAGGACUUUGGAGAUGUAAUUCCUGGUCAUGGUGGAAUAAUGGAUAGAUUUGAUUGUCAAUAUUUAAUGGCAACGUUUGUCAAUGUUUAUAUUUCAUCAUUUAUACAAACAGCUUCACCUCAAAAACUUUUGCAACAGGUUUAUAGUUUAAAACCAGAACAACAAUUACAAUUAUUUCAAUCUUUAAAAGAUUCAUUAGAAAACAGAGGACUUUUAAAUAUGUAUUGAUUUAAGAGAAUACACAUUUCUUAAUAAUUAUUGCAAGAAUUUCUAUAGCAUACAAUUAAUGUAUGAGAGAAAUUAUUACUGUCAUUUCUGUAAGUGUCAAUCAACAAGAUAUACAAUCAAAUAUCAGUAAACGAAUAUCAGUAAAUAAAUAGAGAUUAGUUAAUCUCUGUUACAAUUUUAUCGAUAUCGUAGAAAAUUGAUAAAUAUGCUAUAAAAUAUUUGCGAUUUUUUGUGCAUUCCGCAUAAGUUAGGCGUAAUAUUGGAACUGAUUAUUUCUAUGCCUUUUAUUAAGAAAUGCCAUUUUCUUUUCAAAUAGCACAAGCCAAAGAAUAUUGCCUUUGAUAAAUCCUGUGUUUUGUAUAUUAGCUUUUGCGUAUAAAUCUUUAUAAUUGUAUAUUUACUUCUUUAAUCAGGUACAAAUAAUGUUCAACAAGGGAACAUAUUUUUCCAUCCAAUUGUAUAUUAAAUAUUACAAGUAUCUAUAUUUAUCAGAUCUCAAUACAUUAGUUGCUAAUAAUUACGCAUUUAUGAAUCAAUUUGCAAGAAUGUCUUAUUAGACGUACAGCGUAAUCUUUUUAGUAAUUGACAUUCAACGAUUAUUAUUAAUAUAUAUAUAUAUGCGUGUAUGAAAAUCAAAUGAAUUAAUUUAUUUAAUUUUAUGUGGAUACUUGCUUGUUCCUCUAGAAAAUUAUAUUUACUAUUUGUUGCGGAUGAUACAUUAUAUGCAAGUAUUAGUAGCAGAUUCGAUUAGACAUUUUUAAGAAAAAAUAUAGGUUUCAUCUUGUAUUCGAUGUUAUAUAAAAUAUUUAUUUAAUAACAAAUUAUUAUAUAAUGACCUUUAAAUGAAAUUUAAAUAUUUUGCGAGAAUAUAUAAUUCUUCCUUAAAUAUUUAUAUUUUUUUGCUCAAAGUUGAAAUUUUUGACUGCAUUGAAUAAAAAUUUGUUGAAUGUCACAAGAUAAAGAACAAUUCUUCUAUAUAAGAAAUCUUCCCAUAUUAGAAAAGUACAGUAUUGUAACAGACGCAAUCAUAGUAGUAUUUAUCGUCUGUUUUUAUACAUUUUAGUACUUAUUAUUUCUAUAAUAUAUUCUAAUGUACUAGAGAUUUCAUAAACUUUAAUUAUAUUUUUCUUUUGUAUAUAUGUAUGUACCAUAAUGGUUAAUAUAUUAUAAAAGUGUAAAUGCAAACGAAGGUGUUUCCAAUUAUAAAUAUUACACAUCUGUACUAAGUUGUGAUAAAUGAAAACAUCAUUGUUUGCAGAAUAAAUAUUACUGUAAUAUGACGAUCCAUUUAUUUAAUAAGAUAGAGAUGUUAUGAUUUAUCAUUCUAUUAUUUGAUAUAGUAAGAGUUCUAUAAUAAUUGGGAAAAUUGCAAAGCAUACAUACAUGUAACCGAAUAGUUAAAAAUAUCGGCAUCUGAUUAUUUCAUUUUCAAACGUUCCUAAUAUGUAACCUUGAAUUGCGCCAAUUGUCAGCGAUAAAAAUAUUAUUAAUGUUCAAUACUAUUUUCCGUGCAUUCUAUAUUGUCUGUUAAGUUGACAUGGCACAAUUACUUGGUAUUUUUAUGUGAUCGUAUUACAUUUCCAAAUAAAAUGCUGUAAGUCUUUCUUGCAGUUGACAAAUCAGAUGUAUCGCGCGGAUAAAAUACAAAAUGUACCUAAUUAAUAUAAAUUAAUAUUUGUACAUUUCUUUAUUAUUACAUUAUGAUUAACAAAUUUUGAUGUUGAAGUCUAAAUGUUGAAGAAAAUUAUGGUCUAUUUGAAUUAGAAGAUAAAUA